UGGUAACUCAGCUGUCAAGAAAAGCAGGUUGCUAACAGACCUGGGAUUUUUGAAAAUUUCAGGUCAUUUUUAAGAUACAUCUACUUAUGUUAGCUCGUCUUUAUCUUUAAGUCGUCUAGUCACUUUUUUAUUCCUGCCAGCGGACUUUGAGCAGCUAGCAAGCUAGCUAAAACCGACAAUGCAGUCCAUGAAGGUCGGCUAUCUGGCACUGGCUUCGUGCUCAGGUAGACUUUCCACUCCUGAGUUUACGAAGUUUUCGGCUUUCUUUCGUCUUCAUACUUCAGUCUAUCGGGCUCAUUUCUGUCACACAGCUGCUAAGUCUGAAGAGACCCCCAUCAUUCGUAUUCCCCGUUACAUGCAAAAGCAGGUCGAAAACGUGAAACAAACUCGAGGCAAGAACAAGAUCAACAUCAGCAAAGCUGGCAAACUCCUCAUCCAGAGCAAGAACCCGACCCGGAACCAGUCGGCAGGUUACAUUCUUGGUAAGUUUGAGCAGCCUGUUCUCUGCUCAAAAGGAUGGAAACAUAAUAAAUCUGAUGGUGACUAUUUCACUAUCAACAAUAUCAGGACUGUUGCGCCAUUUGUUGGUCAAAGUCAGAAGGAGGAUGUUGAUCAGAAGACAACGGGGGCAUUUAAUAAACUCCGCAUCUGUAAGGAACUGGUGGAAGUCUUGGACAGAAUCAACAUUACUCAUCCUACCACUGUCCAGCUACAAACCAUCCCAAAAGUCAUGAAAGGGCACAAUAUUCUCUGUGCUGCAGAAACAGGCAGUGGUAAAACACUGUGUUACCUCCUGCCUAUUGUUCACAGACUGCAGGCUGAAAAAGAGUCGGUGAUGGAUGCUGAGAAUUUGCACAAGAUUCAUACUGUGAUCCUUGUUCCUUCCAGAGAGCUUGCCGAUCAAGUCACAGCUGUGUCCAGGACUCUUUGUGCUCCCUUUGGCUUUCUGACAAGAGCUGUGGGUGGUGGGCGAGGUGUUGGACACAUCAAGAUGAUCUUUAAGAAGGAUCAGCCGAACAUUUUAGUGGCUACACCAGGUGCUCUGGUCAAGGCCCUGCGGAGACAUUAUCUAGACCUGAGUGAGCUGAGCUUCUUUGUGGUGGACGAGGCUGACACCAUGUUCGACCCCAGCUUUUGUGAUAUGCUGCAAGACAUCUUACAUCACACGAACAUUGCAAGUGAUCCAAAGGAAACGAAAGGCCCUGGCCAUAAGGCGCAACUCCUGGUGGUGGGGGCCACCUUUCCUGGUGGGGUCGGGGAAGUGCUCAGUCAGGUGACAGACUUGGGCAGCAUGGUGGUUAUUAAGAGCAAGAUGCUGCACUUCCUCAUGCCUCAUGUGAAGCAGACUUUCCUGAAGGUCAAGGGUGCUGACAAGAUCCUGGAGCUCAACCAAGCCCUGAAGCUGCUCCAACGGGACAAAGGAGGGGCCCCUGUCGUGGUUUUCUGCAACAAGUCUGCCACUGUCAACUGGCUGGGGUACUCGCUGGAGGAGAUGGGUGUUCAGCAUGUACGUCUGCAAGGGGAGAUGCCUGCUGCUGUGCGUGCAGGAAUCUUCCGCUCCUUUCAGAAGGGCUUGGUUGACGUGCUGAUUUGCACAGACAUUGCUUCACGAGGUCUGGACACAUCUAAGGUGCACCUUGUUGUCAAUUUCGACUUUCCAGAAUCCCACACAGACUACAUCCACAGAGCAGGGAGGGUGGGGAGAGCAGGAGGGGUGGAGGAUGGGGAGGUGCUCAGCUUUGUUUCUCAUCCUUGGGAUGUGGAGCUGGUGCAGAAGAUUGAGACGGCUGCACGUAGGAGAACUAGUUUACCGGGGAUGGAAUCUGAUAUUCAUGAGCCAAAACCCAAUAAAGCAGAUGCAGAGGAGUAGAUGAGUUUUGUAUGUUUGCAUAUGGAAAAGCCUCUGGUGGAAUAAAUUACUGUAUGAGGAGUGUUAGAAAGACAAAAUGCAUAUGAACAAACCCUUUUUCAAAAAAUCAUGUAAUUGUCUUCACCUUGUAAUUGUUCAGACAUUCCCAAAGGUAAUCAGUUGAAAGAGAAAUAAGUAACAAGUGAUAAUUCUUGUUUUUUUGUGUAAAUCAGUCUGUCCUGUUAACAGUUACAGAAUUGCUUGUUAGGAUGCUUUAAUGUAAUAGUAAAAUAUACAUGCAUAUCACUUCACUUUUUGUCUGAUUUAACAAAAACACUCUAUUAAAGUUCCUAUUUAGAA